AUGGCCAUGCUAGCCUCGAAACCUUCGUGGUCUGGAUCUCUAGGAGGAACUAACCAACAUCCUUCCAGGAAUUAUUCAGAAUCAUCGCAGCGGACUCAGAUGGCCUCGCCACUACCGGCACAUGAACAGCUGUUUACAAGCCCAACGGAAUCAGAGUUCUCAGUCGUUGAUGGUCUAGAUUCUGUCAGAGCCUGGGAUGAAAAGAAGGUCGCGGACUGGCUGAGAUCGAUUCGAUGCGGCCAAUACGAGCAGGUCUUUAGAACAAACAACUUUACUGGAGCCAAUCUGCUUGAAUGUGACCAAAAGAUUUUGCAGGAAAUGGGCAUCAAGAAAAUCGGCGAUCGAGUCAGAAUAUUCAUCGCCAUCAAGCAAUUGCGGAACAAAUCUGGGAUUAUGCGUGCUCGACGCAGCAGAGAUUCUCUUGCAGCUCUUGACAGCCAGGCACAUACUCCGUCGUCUACAGAAUCUACUCGUCCUCCACACUCUCGAAACCAGGCAGCUAAUUCAAACCGAAGAUGGUCACGGCAGGUAGAUCCAACUGCAUUGCACAACUUCAGCUCGGCCAAUGCAGUAAAUACCAAGCCACCCUCACGCCCAAGUUCACCUCUGGCCGAGAUUGACAGCAGAGGUCUACGAGCACAUCGUUACGCGACGAGUCCAAUGGACACCUCAAGGAAAGAAGCUGGCUACUUUACCCACCCGCCUUCCGCGAAUGCAGCCACUGGUCGCAGACCUGAAGGAAAGACAGCUCCACAAAACGCUACUUUGGUCACACAGCACCUGCAGCAGAAUACAAGCAUUGACGGCCUGACGUUAGGGUCGUUGCCCGCUAACUCACCUGUCGUCCGGAUCAUCCAUGCUGAAGGGCAAACAAAGGUGCUGAAUAUUAAACAUUGCAAGAACGUUGAUGAUAUUAUGGCUACGGUGCUGAGAAAGCUUUACAUCCCUGAGUCCCAUUUUCGGAACUACUGCUUCUACGUGCUUGAUGGUUUAGAGCCCGAUCCUGCCAAAUGCCGUCGUCUCUCAGAUUCCGAGUUGAUGAAAAUCUGUGACGGGCCUAAUAGGUCAGACCGUAAUCGUCUGAUUCUCCGCAAGAUCAACGGUGGAGAGCCUGACCAGGACGAAGUUGAAAGAGCGGCUCAGCUCGCAUUGGAGGAGACCCAAACACUGCACAACAACGCGCUUAGUACAAACAAUAUGCGCAAUCAGAUCAAAUUGCAAAAGCUUACAGGGGAAUCAUGGAACGACAUCCGACAGCCAAUGUCACCAGUCACAGCGACCACGAGGAUACGCCAUAUCAAUGCUGCUGCGGAUGAUCUGGAGAGACCGGAAACCCCUCCUCUCAAGAACAGCAAUAGUCUGCAGGGAAGUGGCAACAAGUUACGCUCUUUCUUCGGUGCCCGCCCGCCGAGCGAGAUGAUUGUCCAGGAAAUCACAUCAUAUUUCCCAAGUCACCAAAAAGAAGAUAUCGAGAAGACCAUGCGACUUUCUGUCAGAAGAUCUCAAAGAAUGAGCCGAGCUGCUAGUCGUCUCAGUGUCAUGAGUAACGUGAGCUAUGCCUCGAGUCUCAAAGACGCUCCCCCCAUGCCCAGUAUCGCAGAUGCUUGGCUGGCUCAGUCGGGUCAGCCUUCCCGGCCUUCCAGACCACUCUCCGUGUCCAAAUUUGCGUUACCAAAUGCUGCCUUUCGCGACUCUAUCAUGUCAACAUCUCUACAGCCUCUCCAGGAAGAGUCUCCGGUUGAACCGAAUCGCAAGUCGUACGUCUCAUUCGAUAGUGGAUCGGAUUCCGCGCAGCAGGACGUACCUCGUGCAAGCUUCUUCGAGGAAAGCCCCAACGCUGGGGGAACGGAGCAUAACAACCUCAAUCAACGCUUGAGUAUGAUCGUUGCGGAGGAUGGGGAGGAAGAAGAUGAUGCAUUGAAUUCCUUUUUGGCCGGCAACAACUUUGAAAACAAUAGCUGGAUGAAAGGUGAUCUAAUUGGCGAAGGAUCCUUUGGUAGCGUGUAUCUGGCACUUCAUGCUGUCACUGGGGAAUUGAUGGCUGUGAAGCAAGUUGAGUUGCCGGAGGUUAUACAGGGUACAGAGAUCGACAAGAAAAAGAACAACAUGAUCACGGCCUUGAAGCAAGAAAUCGAUCUUUUGCAAGGUCUCCAACAUACCAACAUCGUGCAGUACCUAGGAACCUCCUGCGAUGAGAGUCAUCUGAACAUCUUCCUCGAGUACGUCCCUGGUGGGUCCAUUGCUGGAAUGCUCAAGCAAUACAACACUUUCAGGGAGCCUCUUAUACGGAACUUUGUGCGUCAAAUCCUCGAAGGUUUGGCAUACCUACAUGGCCGCAAUAUCAUUCAUCGUGAUAUCAAGGGUGCCAAUGUUCUUGUCGACAACAAAGGAGGUGUAAAGAUUUCAGAUUUUGGUAUCUCCAAGCGCGUUGAAGCAUCUACGAUGCUUAAUCAAGGACCAUCUGGCUCUAACCGUCCAUCCUUGCAGGGGAGUGUUUUCUGGAUGGCUCCCGAAGUCGUGCGUCAGUCCACGCACACUAAAAAGGCAGACAUCUGGUCUCUUGGCUGCCUCAUUGUUGAAAUGUUCACCGGCUCUCACCCCUUCCCUAACCACAGUCAAUUUCAAGCUAUCUUCGCUAUCGGUGCCUCUUCUGCCAAGCCUGACAUUCCUAGUCAAGCCAGCGAAGAAGGAAAGAAGUUUCUUGCGAUGACGUUUGAGACUGAUUACCAGAAGAGGCCGAGUGCGGAGCAACUGUUGAAAGAGAAGUUCUUGGUGCCAAUGGCAUGA